GAAUUUUAUUGUUGUUGCUAAAAUGGCUAUCCGUUGAUGUUCUAGUAUCUCGGGUGUUACAGACCUGGUAGUUGAUAGUCUACGUCCACAUUUCCCAUAUGGCCUAUACACCUGUUAAAUUUGUUAUUCACGUUGGCAAGAAGUUCAGGACUGAUAAGUGUAAACAGAAAGUACACUCAAGCCAUACGAAUACUUCCGGACUUGCCGUUUGAGAUUCAAAAUGGGAUAUGGACCGAUGUGAUUUUCGAUAAUCUCAAUUUGAAGGAAGUGCUGGGCAUGAUGGGUAUUCAAGCUCAGCUCGAUUUCAUUAUCCAUUCACAUUUCUGUGUGAAUGUGUUUAUUAUCUCAAGGUUUAUGAAUGAACGAACGAAUUUGCAGAUUACCAAUGUUUUAGGGAAGAUCUUGCUAAAAUCGCCGGAGUUUGAAAAAUUAUUGGAUUUGCUUUUAGAAAAAAAGAUCAUAAUUCAAAAUUUAUCGUUCAGCAGAGAGGUUUUUGAGGUAUUCACGAUAAACAGAGACCUUUCUAAGUUGGUUUAUUAUGCACAAAAUCUAUGUUAUGUAUAUUAUGAUCAACUGGUUGAGUUUCAGAGCUGGGAAGAUUUGUUUUUGAAAAAGAUCAAAUUUUUAUCCGUAUCUGCCUCCGAUGAUAUCACGUUGCUUAAUUUGAAGAACUUAACAAAGCUACAGCACAUUGCUCUUAAUAUAUACGACUAUCCAAUAAAUUUGAAGUGUAUUUCGAAAUUCCUAUCAUUUGCGGUCAAACUCAAAGAUUUGAGAAAAUUGGAUAUUAAAAUUGUCAUUGAUAAGAAUCUCGAACUUCCCGCUUGUCUUUUUGAAGCCUUGAAGUUAGUUUCAUAUACAGGUUUAGAUAUAACCAUUAAGAUAUUAGAUAACAAUCUUACAUAUAAAAACAUGAAGUUUGAAUGGUUGAAUAGAAAAAUUGAGUCGGUAUGUCAGUUUAUCACAGAUUUGAGCAUGAACAUUAAUUCUGAAACCUAUGUUGACUUUGAUCCAUUGAAUUACUAUUACCAGCUAAGGAGACUAAAGAUCUCAGCAUACUACUCUGCAAGCAAGUCUGGCAAUUUUAGGUUGAAGAAUAAAAAAUUAAAAUACUUAGAGUUGUACUACUUUGAUAGGCAGCUGCGCUAUUCAUUAAAACAUCUUUCUCGUUUGACUGAUUUGACACUAAAUUCAUGUGAUAUAUCUGUCAAUUUGAUAAAUAAUCUACCGAGGACAUUAAAACGAUUAGUGUUAUGCAACUGCUUUUAUAAAGCAGAAAACAAAUUCUCCUUGCCUAAUAAUUUGAGUUAUUUUAAGUAUGAGAUGAUGUCUUUAUCGCAAGAUUUCCCUGACUUUGAAAACAUCUCUAGUUUGACUGCAUUAGAAGAGCUUAGUUUAGUGAUGUUUACAAAAAUUCCUCAAAACUUUUUAUCAAGAUUGCCAAUCAACCUCAAAGUACUGAGUAUUUCUUGUGUUAAUUCCGAGAGUCAGGUUGACUGGAGCUCGAUGAAUUUUUCAAUUUUGAAAGGCCUUUCAAGUUUCAAAAUAUCAGGACAGACACUUGAGUAUGACUUGAGGCUACUGCCUCCCUUAAUAAGGCAAUUGGACUUUCGCUUGCAAGUUUCAGUAUUCAAAAAUACUUUACCUCCUAGUAUUGAAUGGUUAGACAUCACAUUUUUAGAUAUGCGCUUGCCCAUUUGCUUGACACUCAACACUAUCACAGCUGAUUUGAAGCUGAUGGAGCACCUAACAAUUCGGGGAAACCGAUUGAGUUAUGACUUGUCAAGACUGGAAUUCAACCACUUGAAAAAAGUCACACUACAUAUUGGCUAUGGCUUGAUGAAAUCCAAAGCAGUUGUGAAAAUAGGUAUCUUACCCCCCUCUUUAGUUCGGUUUGAAAUUAUAUCCAAGGCGAAAGAGACCGUUUUGCUAUCACCUAAAGCCCAGAUCAGAGAUAGCAACAGUUAUGUGAAGGGGAGACACAAAAGAAGCCAAUCUGUAGAUAGCAGUAGCAGUGGAAGUAGUGGAACAAUAGAUUUUUCUAGAUUUUCAAAUAGAUUGAUAGAGCUAGGUAUCUUAGAAGGAGUUACGGAGGUAAAAGAGAACGAAGUCUCUAAAAUUAAUUUGGAUAAGGGUAUGAGCAAAUUAAAAAUUGACAAUGUUGGCAAUAAAGUGAAGAAUGAAAACCAAAAGACGAAAUCGAAAAUCAAAAAUUUACUUCGUAGAGGCUGAAAAUCCGUCGAUUACUUACUAUUUUGUUCUCACAUCCAUGUUUUAUUUUUAAAAUUUCUCUUUUAAACUGUAUAAUGUUGAUUGUUGUGUAUUACGAGCUCAUGAUUACGAUUUAAACCCAUUUUUGCUCAUUAUUGCAGAA